ACGACAUAUUUUCUUCCAUCUGCUUUGCAUUUGUUUUGAACUUUGAAACAUUAGAAGCCAGCAAAAUUCCUUUGCAUUGAGCUAUGAAUUGUUUAUGCAAAGCAUUCAGCCGUACAGCGUGCAAGCCAAUAGAAAAACAGCGCAUCGUCCAGUAAUAUCUCAGCAUUUAGUUGUACCUCUUCAUUCCAACCAAAGGCAGUGUGUCGAACGGUUGUUUUCCCCAAAAWAAUUUCUUCACUCUGCGUUCUUGUUGGUGAAGGACAACUGAAAAGCCCCAGCUUAAAACUUCAGUUUUUACAAUAAUUUUUCAAACGAAAGUAUUAUGUCUUAUUCCAGCAACGACAAAAUGUCGAGUGAUCGACAGAGACUUCGACCAUGGCUCGAGGCGAGAGUGGACAGCGGAGACGUUCCUGGACUGUGCUGGCUCGACAAGGAAAGGACUAAAUUCCGAGUCACAUGGAAGCACGCCGGAAAACCUGACUUCGACUUGGAUAAAGAUGCGGUUCUGUUCCGUAUGUGGGCAGAACACACUGGAAAAUACAAGCGUGGUGAACAACCUGAUCCGUCGACCUGGAAGACUAGAUUCAGAUGUGCGCUUCAUAAAAUGCCAGACAUUGAAGAGAUCCGUGUGCCUCACAGUCUUGAUGAAAAAGAACCCUACAGAGUAUUUCGAUUGAAACCGAAAGUUCCCUGCUCACCCAAAUCAAAACUAAGAACAUCAUCUUCUCUGUCAGUCAACACGCCGUCUCCCUCGCCUCCUAAUGAUUAUGACACUGGAUUCUUAUACCCUGGUACAUUCCAAGCUCACAAUGGAUACUACGGCACCAUGUCCUACAACCCAACAGAUAUCUGCGCAUUCCCCUCUCCCAUCAGCAGCCACGCAUCAAGCCCACCACAUUCCGCUGACCUGAAUGGUAGUACCUCUGGAGGCAUGUAUGGUAGUGCUGAGGAUGACAUUGACAACAUCACACCUACCUUACCCCCCAUAGGACUUUUUGGAUCCAAUGGRCACUUGGAAAGUAGUAUGGAUACCCUAAGCAUGAAGCCCCAGCAAGUACCAUAUGGAAUAAGCGAUGACUACUUCAUGAAGGCAAACUUUACUAACAGUUUCAAUAACAACAGUGUCCAUACAUUUUGUUACCCGAUGUCCAGUGGUGAAAGCCAGUGUGAGCCAACUUUUACCGAAUUACAAAACGUGAGAAGCGAUUCGAUGAUUGGCUACGGAGGGGGAGGUAGUGGGACUGGAAUGUACGAGGCGACGCCUUUUAGUGGAAUGACGAACAACAUGGGGAAUAGUGGUCAAAGCUCCCUCUUUACAGCACAAAAUGGUAGUAAUAGCCAACUGCCUGGUCUGCUAAAGAUGCUUCAUGCAGGAUUUCCAAUGGAAAUGGUGCACGAAAUGAACCAAAUGCCACAACUUAGUAAUGGUUUCUCUGGAAGCAACAUGGUUGAUAUUUCCACCACUAGUACUUACUCAACAACGAAAAUGAAUGAGAUGCAGCCAGUUUCAAGUUACUCGUCUGCAAACGGAGUGACACUUUAUGAAUUGGAAAAGUUGGCAAUUUCUACUAAACAUUUCAAAGAUAAGACAGAAUGCCUCAUGUCCGUUCGUGUGUUUUACGAAGAAACCGAAAUGGUUGCCUUUGACUUGAAGAAAGAUGAAAGUAUCCUACGACUGUUCUAUGGAAAACAGGUCAAACAGGAAAGCAAUACCGGUUUAGGUUACUACAGCCAGUGCAAUGCCAAACAAGUGCAGCUGCCAGACUUGUCGUGUUCUGCUGAUGUCAAACGUGAGCUGGCAGACUUUAACAGAGGUCUUGUGGUCGAGAUGAGCAGUGAUGGGAAUAUUUGGGCAACAAGGUUGUGCUUAUCAAAGGUCUUUUAUGCCUGCCAAUCAAAACCAGCCACCAAACUUUUACAGGAAGUCAAGACCAAAGUGUUUGACUUCACCGACGAGUUUCAGCGCAAAAUCCGUGAGGGUAAAACUGAAAACUGUGUCACUUCACCCUAUGACGUCACAUUCAUUCUUGGCCAACAACCCAGCAAUGCGUCUGUCUCUAUCGUCAUUACUCAUGUGCAAGCUAAGAGAUGCAUUCUGGGAAAGAAAAUAUGUCAUGGACAGAGCGUUUCUGAGCCAAUCAUCAGUGAUCGAUAAUAGUUUGGCCAAAUCACUUAAGCAGUUAAUGACUAGGUUUUUAUACUUGACAGUGGUGCAAUAUGGUCAAAGAAAAAAACACUGUAGAGGGUGGGGUGGGAAAGGGUGCUGUCGGGGGUGUGUCUUAGUGUAACACGGGUGUCGGGGGCCCCUCCAUCCUACCUCUCUUAGAUCCGCAUGGAAUAAAGACCCUGUACGUGCUCCGUUUCGGACAAAGGAAGGGAGGGGAGGGAACGAAAGUAGUAAAUUUAUCCACCCACAAUAAGGACAUUCCGGCUAUCCAUCCAAAUAAGUAAACAAUAUUUGUAGUUAUUUUUGUAGAUAUAAAAACAAUUAUUUUAACAAUUCCAUAAGGAAUUUUGAAGCACUGAUUUUUUUUAAAAAUAUUUCCUAAUUUUUUUCUAAAAUCCAAGUCAUUCAAUAUAGUGACUUUUAUUGCUUAUUGAAAAUAAGAGUUUAGCUUUUGUAGCAAAAGAAUUAUGUAUAGUUUUAGGUUCGUAGAAGACUAUGUUUAAUAUUCUACGUUGCAUUGGUUUCCAUGGUGAUAAAGGUAAGGGCCUUCAAGGGAAACGUUAAAGAACUGUGGCUGCUAAUCACAGUUUCAUACUCGGAUGGAAUUUCUGCUCGAUCAAAUUCGGACUUUCAUUUGCACCUAAGAUCAUCUUUAACAUUCGUGAACCAAAAUUAAAUCAAAUUCAGAGAAGAAUACAGUACGACUUGCCACUGUACUUACUGUACGUGCUAAAUACGUUCUACAAUGUACAACCGCUGACCAGUUAUCACAGGGAACCCAACCUUGACACAGGGAAUCCGCCAGUGACAACAAAACCAGUCAUCAAUGUGCAUCAUGUAUUCAUUAACUUUUCUUGACUUCUUUUAUCCUCUCUCUUUACUUAAUAUUUCUCCCUCUUUCUUUCUUUGUAUUUUUCAUUCUUUCGAUGUUCUCUCUGUGUUUCAGGAAUUAAAUUAUUCUUUGUUAUUUUGA